AUGGGUUCCGGUUCUCCUCCUCCCCCGGGCCCCAAGCCCAAGGCCAUUCCUUCUCACCUGCUGAAUGGCGGAUCGCCUCUUGCCGGAUCUGUUGCUUCGAGGGAUAUCCGCGAGCGAGAAAGCUUGAAUACCUCAAUUCGCUCGUCUUUCGCUCCUCGCGUUCCGGUUGAGUUUGAUCAGCCUGAGUCAGAGUCGCAGUCGACCGAGCAUGCUAGCAGCUACGACAGCCCUCGUCGCAGAUCUUCCGUGACCAAGCCUACACUGAAUGACCCCGCCCGCGAUCCGAGAGACGAAGCUGCUGCUCUCACCCCGCCGGCAAUGUCCAGCCGUCCCACCAGCCCGUAUGCGCUGACACCUGCGAUCGAUUUCGACGGCCUAAGCUGGCCCUGCCCCGGAACGCGGGCACGGCUCGAGUCGACACCCGAAGAAAACGAGGAGCGAAUCAAGAAGCUCUCAGGAGCUGUACGAACAAUCCUUGAAUGCCUCGGGGAAGAUCCCGAGAGAGAGGGUCUCAGAGAAACGCCCGAUCGGUAUGCGAAAGCUAUGCUCUACUUCACUAAAGGCUACGAGGAGAACGUGCGGGAUCUAGUUAACGGCGCCGUCUUCCACGAAGACCAUGACGAGCUGGUUAUUGUCAAGGAUAUCGAUGUGUUUUCACUGUGCGAGCAUCAUAUGGUGCCGUUUACCGGAAAGAUGCACAUUGGCUACAUUCCUGAUCGCCGAGUCCUCGGUCUUUCUAAGCUGGCCCGUCUGGCGGAAAUGUUCUCUCGACGCCUCCAAGUGCAAGAGCGCUUAACCAAGCAAGUGGCCCUCGCGAUUUCCGAGGUUCUCAAGCCGCGAGGUGUCGGCGUGGUCAUGGAAUCGUCGCAUCUCUGCAUGGUUAUGCGCGGAGUUCAAAAAACCAGCAGCACUACAACGACCAGCUGCAUGCUCGGAUGCAUGCGCUCCAGCGCAAAGACCCGAGAAGAGUUCCUGACCCUCCUGAACAGGAAAUAA